AUGUUGGGGUUUGUUGGAAAAGAAAUAAAAAUAGUGAAAACGAUAGCAAGUCCUUACGUAGCUGACUUACAUGGUUUCAUGGCGAUCUAUGUAUAUUGCGAUAUUGUGCAACCUCAAAUUGUCGGAAAUACCAGUGCCAAAUUACUCAAAAGCAUUCCCGUCAAGGGAAAGUUGGGUGAUGUCAUUACUAAAACGUCCACCAACAUACAAUACGUUUCAGUCCAAACCAAAUUAUUUGAAGAUGUGGAAAUUGUUUUAUGGAACGACACAGGCAAUCCAGUGCCAUCUGAACGUGGGAAG